UGUGUGAAGGUGAAUGGAUUUGCCUGCAAGGCAGAGAUGAAUGUGACAGAAGCCGAUUUCUUCUUUCCUGGUUUAGCCAAACCUGGAGUUAUCAACAACACAUUGGGAUCUUUGGUUACUACAGCCAAUGUGGAAAAAAUUCCAGGACUUAACACAUUGGGAGUGUCUUUCUCUAGAAUAGACUAUAAAGUUAGGGGACUUAACCCACCUCACACAUGCCCUCAUGCCAUUGAGAUUUUGUUUGUGUUGGAUGGUCAAUUAGACGUGGGGUUUAUCACCACAACCAACAAGCUCAUCUCAAGGUCCAUUAAGAAAGGUGAAAUCUCUGUGUUUCCAAAAGGUUUGGUCCAUUAUCAGAAGAACUGUGGAGAUAAGCCUGCUUCAGUGCUUUAUGCUUUCAACAGGAAACUUCCUGGAACAUUUUCUGUAGCUUAA